AUGAUUGUUCUUCUAUCCGGUCUUCUUCCAAACCCGGAGUUGGAAACCUCAGUGCUUUUUAUCAGUUUGAAUACAGCGGCAAUGGUUUGGAUGAUCCCUUUCGGACUCAGUUCUGCUGUGAGCACUCGUGUCUCCAAUGAAUUAGGAGCAGGGCGUCCAGAAACAGCGCGCUUAGCAGUGUGCGUUGUGUUAGUCAUGGCCAUUACCGAGGGUAUAUUGGUGGGAUCGGUCCUGAUACUGAUACGCAACUUCUGGGGCUACGCUUAUAGCAACGAAAGAGAAGUUAUCGAUUACCUUGCAACCAUAAUGCCUAUACUUGCAACAUCCAACUUUCUAGACAGCCUCCAGUGUGUUCUUUCGGGCACUGCUAGAGGAUGUGGGUGGCAGAAGAUUGGAGCAUAUGUGAAUCUCGGGGCGUACUACUUGGUUGGAAUUCCGUUGGCUAUUUUGAUGGCUUUCGUCCUUCAUGUUGGUGGAAAGGGGCGAUAG